AUGAGUUCUCUCAAGAUCCCCGAUAAUGGGGUCAUGCUGAAGGGGAGCGCCAGCGCAGACGCCGGUUCGCUGCCCCAUCAAGCAUUUGCCAUUUCGCUGAGCGACAAUGUAAUUGAGAACAUGAUAAAAUGUGUGCAGACUGGGGGUGACAUUUCCCUGGCCCUGGGAGAAAAUCCCAGUUUCCACUUUGGUUCGGAUUCUCACACGAUAUCGCGCCCCGAGUCUCAACUCCACGAUCUCUAUCUUACCAAACCUUUCGAAUCAACACGAGAAGCCUAUCGGUUACCGCUCACGAUGUCGAUUUUCAGCAAGCCGAACAAGCUUUUACAGGCCGGCAAGGCUGCCGUCAAGACUCGGAUCGAGAGAGUUACGAAGGAGAAGCCGCAGGAGAAGCAGGAGCCUACUCCUAAGCAGAAGAGAUCGACAACAUCCAGCACCACCUCCUCUUCAUCAAAUGUUGAUUCCGACGUUGAGGUCCUCCGCAAGGAACUCUUGGCUCAGGAAAUGGCCAAGGGCAGAUCGGUGCUUGUUAACACACUUCCCACCGGAAAGAGAGUCUCGAAAGCAAAGGGCAGUUUCCUCACCGGCAGCAGCAACACGCCUCGCUCGGUGCCACAGUCUCCUUCGUUGAAGCCGAACGCCUCCCCUCUCUCUAUUAUGUCCUCUACCGACCAAGCCAAGGAACGAUCGAAGCAGCUCCGCAAGACGCUGGUCCACGAGUUGGCAGUAUCCGACCAGACAACCUCAUAUCUGGAGGGCAAGUUUGACGGGCCAGCUGCGGAUUUCCGACCAACUUUGGACAAGGUUGCAGUUAUUAGUGGUGGAAGCCUUUGGAAACUUAGAGUGACAUAUUGGCGAGAUCUGGACCCUUAUGCAUACCAGUACAAGGAUGACAAGACACGGAACACCGCAAUUGAGAAUGCGAUCAAGGUCUUCGACAAGCAGAGAAUCUCACCUUCUGAGCCUGAAUGGCAGCGCUUGCUUCCUGUGGAGGAACGAGGCAAGGGCAAGUCCCUGAGCCGACUUCAAGAGAAGCUUGCCAAAGGCCCACCUAACCCACCUCCCAAGAUCACUUUACAAAAGCCUGAUGACAGCUCAACCUCCAAGGACGAUGAUCCAUUGAUCGAGAAGGCUCAGAAGGUGUCACGUUCAACAAACCCACUGAAGCCGAAGAAGCCUAGUACGCAAGCCGCCGCGAAGCGGGCAGCUAGCAACCCUUCCAAACCCAAGCCAUCAUCUAUCAAGGCCUCUCCUACAAAGCCGAAGACGGUAGCAAAGACCAAUGGACGGCCAGCACUCUCCCAAGAAUUUAUUGAGAACUCGGACUCAUCAGGUGACGAGGCGGUAGUGGUUGAGAGACCCAGACCGGUUGAGCCCAAGCCUGUGUCCAAGCCAGCUGCAAAGCCAGCCCCCAAACUUGACGACAAGCCACUACCCAGGCCCAAGCCUAAGACGGCAGCAAAGCAACCAGUACAGCGGACUGCGCUCAAGCGACCACCAACGGACGAUGACUCAAGUUCGAGCUCGGGAACUCCCCUGUCGAAGCGACUCAAGAUCAAGCAGCCUUUGCCCAGCCAGAAGACGAAGAGCACCCCGAUUGAGGUGCGAAAGGCUCACCGCGAUGUAAGCGCGCCCUCAUCUGGAAGGAACAAGAAUACAUCGCCCGUCAAGUCCUCACCACUCGCAUCUUCGCCUCCGACCAACGCCUCAGAGCUUUCCGAGGACGAACGACGCCUUCCCAAGAAGCGCAAGGCAAACGGAGAGGUCAUUGUCGCCCCGGCUGCAAAGAGGCAUGCACCAUCGGCCGAGGUCAUGUCGCAGGCGGCCAAGUUCGAAGCCGCCUACCAGCAAUACUACACGCUGCACUUUGAGAUUGCGGACCUCAAGAACCCGCCCAUGGACAAGCUGGACAGCCUGAACGAUUUGCGAAGCCGCCUGCAGGUGAUGAAGGCGGAGAUUUACAAAAAGCAUGGAUCGUCUCGACACUGA